UGAAAGCAUCAUUAGUCCCUCCUUCUUGUAGCGCGGCUGCGCGGUGGACUGACCGCUGCUGUUGCUGGAAAGUUUGUAUCACUCAAUAUUUGGAGGAAUGCAAAGCUCGACAAUGCCAUUUGAGAAAAACGGCCUGUUUCGGCUAUUUUGAUUAUAAUUGGAAAACUGAGCAGCUUAGACAUGGUUGAUAUGGCUGUUUGUUACCACCGAGCCACUCUUCCGGGAGAUCAUGGUCAGUUUGUCCUGCAGCUAAAUGGAGUUUCCGUUGUUGGAUUCGGCGUAUUGGCCUAACCAGCGCCGAUAACAAGACGAUCACAAGGGAGAGUAAUCAACACGAUGCCACCGCUUUAAUAAGGAGAUAUUUAAUCUCAAAUUGUGUUCGGCUUUAUUGGUCACCGCCAACAUGUCUGACCCAAACUACUACUGGACUGUGCUACCGAGCUACAAAACGAGUUUUGUGACUGGGGCCAUGAUGAAAAGAUCGAAAGGCUCCCGUAACAACAAGAAAAGGGUGGGAAUGCCGUCACCUACGCUUUCACGACCCCUUUCACCUCUCUCAAUUGCAACAGCUGGCAGCAGUCCUUCAGAAAGCCCCAGAAAUGUAUCUGCCAGUACUUCUGCCAACUUCCAUUUUGCCCGCAGCCAACUGGCUCGCACGGAAAGCAGGCCGGAUGGACGACGAUGGUCUAUCCCUUCAUCUGGAUACUGCACCAAUGCACCCAGUUCAUCAGUAUCUUCUUCUUCAUCCCACGAGUUGUUGCACCAGUUGCCCUCUCAGCCCACUCAAGAUGAUCUUCAUUUCCUCUUCAAACAUUUCCGGAGCACAGAGAGUGUUGCGGAUGAUGACGGCGCCCACCACAGCCCCCCUGUUAGGCUCCGUUCACGCAGUCUCAGCCCUGGACGGACCUGUGGAACAUUUGACAAUGAAAUUGUCAUGAUGAAUCACGUCUACAAAGAACGCUUCCCUAAGGCAACAGCCCAGAUGGAGGGUCGGCUGCUGGACAUAAUUUCAGAGUAUUCUCCGGACACUACUCUGCCCCUGGCUGAUGGUGUACUGGGAUUUAUUCAGCACCAGCUGGUGGAGCUCGCAAGAGACUGUCUGGAUAAGUCCCAGAAUGGCCUGGUCACUUCCAGAUACUUUGUGGAGCUGCAGGAAAAACUAGAGAAACUAUUACAUGAGGCAUAUGAGCGUUCUGAGAGCGAGGAAGUGUCCAUCAUCACCAAACUGGUCAAGAAGAUUCUCAUCAUUAUCUCUCGGCCAGCCAGGCUGUUGGAAUGUUUGGAAUUUGAUCCAGAAGAGUUUUACCAACGUUUAGAAGCAGCAGAAGGUCAAGCCAAAGUUGGUCAAGUCAUAAAGACUGAUAUUCCUAGAUACAUUAUUAGCCAGCUGGGCCUCAACAGGGAUCCACUUGAAGAGGUGGCCCAUCUGGAGCAGACAAGUCCAAGUCAAAGAGCAGCCAGCAGAGAAUCUGAUGACUCUGUAGAGAUAACAUCCAUACAGAGUCGAGCAGCAUGCACCCCUCCGCGCAGGAAGCCAUUGGAGAGUGACUUUGAGACUAUAAAGCUCAUUAGCAAUGGUGCCUAUGGAGCUGUGCAUCUAACUCGAAGGCACCUGUGCAUGGUCAUGGAAUAUGUAGAAGGUGGCGAUUGUGCAAAUUUGUUGAAGAAUAUUGGUUCCCUCCCUGUCGACAUGGCCAGGAUGUAUUUUGCAGAGACUGUUCUUGCUUUAGAGUACCUUCACAACUAUGGCAUUGUACAUAGAGACCUCAAACCUGACAAUUUGUUAAUCACCUCCAUGGGACACAUUAAGUUGACAGACUUUGGACUCUCAAAGAUUGGUCUGAUGAACAUGACAACCAAUUUGUAUGAAGGACACAUUGAAAAAGACACUAGAGAAUUUAUUGACAAACAGGUAUAUGGUACACCAGACUAUAUUGCUCCUGAGGUCAUCUUGAGGCAGGGUUAUGGGAAACCUGUAGAUUGGUGGGCCAUGGGUAUAAUCCUUUUUGAGUUCUUGGUGGGCUGUGUUCCUUUCUCUGGAGACACACCAGAGGAGCUCUUCAGCCUAAUUGUAAAUGAUGAGAUCAUCUGGCCAGAUGGAGAGGAUGCCCUGCCACUCGAUGCUCAGGACCUUAUCUCAAGGCUGCUGAAGCAGAAUCCCCUUGAGCGUUUAGGAACAGGGGGGGCCACAGAGGUGAAGAUGCACAUCUUUUUCUUGGGCCUAGACUGGAAUGGCCUCCUGAGGCAGAAAGCUGAGUUCAUACCUCAACUAGAGUCUGAAGAGGACACCAGUUACUUUGACACACGAUCAGAGCGCUACAGUCAUCUUGGUUCAGAUGAAGAUGAUGAAACUAAUGAUGACGAAUCAUGUCUUGAGCUUCGACAGUUCUCCUCUGUUGCUCACCGCUUCAGCAAGGUGUACAGUAGUACAGAGCACCUGUCCACCUCUACGCCAUCCAACCAGAGCUUGUCAUCAAUAGAGCGAAGCCACAGUGAGGAGAAAGAAGAUCGAUGGGAGGGCAAGGGAUUCCCUUCCCCUGCUGACGGACACAAAUUCCUGGCUAGUGGAGAUAAGAGGCUAGAGGGACAGAGGGGGAGUCUCCGACCACGUGCUUCAUCCAGUUCUUCACAGUCGGAGCGCAGCACCAGCCCACUGGUUAUGAACAGCACCCAGAGCCUUGACAUCAUGCCACGAUUUGCCAUCUCAACCGAGGAGGAAGAUGGAAUGGUUUCCAACCUGCGUCACAUCCGACUUCGGAGCAAUAGCACAGGCACAAGGCCCUCCUUCCGGAGAGGGGCAUCCCGACGGAUUGCGCACCAGCUUGAGACCCCAGAAACGCAGAGAUCUCUUGCUGGAAAAGUACCAAAGUCAGCUUCAGUUUCCGGCCUUUCACUUAUCAUUACCCCAGAUGAUUCAGCAGGUCCUCCUUCAAGCCCCAAAUCGUCUCUGUCUCUAUCGUCCAACCCCUCAUCCAGAGACUCGUCCCCCAGCCGAGAUUUGUCCAUCAACGUCAGCUGCCUCAGGCCUCCGGUGGUCAUCCACAGCUCUGGGAGGAGAUUCGGUUUUGCACUGCGAGCUAUCAGAGUUUACAUGGGCAACACUGACAUUUAUACCGUUCAUCACAUGGUUUGGUGUGUUGAGGAUGGUAGCCCAGCUCAUGAGGCAGGACUAAGGGCAGGUGACCUCAUCACUCAUGUCAAUGGGGAGUCAGUCCAGGGACUCCUACACACUGAGGUGGUGGAACUCCUGCUUAAGAGUGGCAAUAAAGUGACUCUUCAAACAACUGCACUUGAGAAUACUUCAAUCAAGGUGGGUCCUGCCCGAAAGGCAAGCUACAAGGCCAAAAUGGCCCGACGCAGCAAAAAGAGCAAGAAGAAGGAUGGUCAAGACAGCAGGCGACGCAUGUUGAAGAAGUUGUCUAAGCACACAACUCCACCUCCCAUGCAGAGCAGUCGCAGCUUCUCUUCUGGAUUUCAUCAGUCAUCAAGUGACAGCCUGUCUGGUUCUCCCACACAAAGUCUAUCUCCUGGACCGUCUACACCUUGUCGCUCCCCUGCCCCAGACCAUUCUGGAGAUUCAAGUUCCUCACCUUGCUCCAGCUCCCCCAACUCACCCGUGCCACAGGCUCGUCCCAGUUCCCUUCACGUCCUUGGCCGCUAUUCAAAAGCUGGUCGUUGCAAGUCUACAAGUAGUAUUCCUCCUUCACCUCUCGCCUGUAUCCCACCACCUCAGCCUCUCUCUCCACAGUGCUCACCAUCCUGCCUCCCAAGUCACCCUAAAUCCCUGCAGGGAUUCCAUGGGAAGACAUUAUCCCCUCCCACUAUUGCCCGUCAUUCUGUGCGUGCCCGCAGCGUAGAACCACCACGCUCACCACUGCUCAAGAGAGUUCAGUCAGCAGAGAAGCUUACAGGUGACAAGACAGGUACAGGGAGUUAUCAUGGAGAUAGGAAGGCUUACAGCACACGCCGCCAUACAUUAGAGAUGCCUCUGUCUGAAGGUGAGGGAUUGGAAGAUGAAGAGGGAGACACAACCACAGGUUUUGUCUGUGUUGGCGAGCACGGUCGCCAGGGGCUGUACAUUGGAGGGCAGAGAGACCACCAGGACAUAGCUAGCGGAGGCAGUGAUCACCACCACCGCACAACCACCUCACCACAACACCGGGGAGGCAACCAUCACUCAAGGGACACAGUGGUAAUGAGAAAGUUGGCACUAUCAGAACGAAGGGAUUCCUUCAAGAAACAGGAGGCUGUCCAGGAAGUAAACACAGAUGACAUGGAAGAGAGAGAGGCAACACUUAGCCCAAAGCUUCCUGUCACACAGCCCAAGUCAUUUAAGGUGUCCUGGACCAACUCACCCCAGGCAGAUUCUAGUGUGAGGCAGGGAGAAAAAAAAUAUCAGAGUACAACACAGCAGAAAGCAAAGUCAAAGGACAAAGAAGGGUUUUAGAAAUUCAUCUUGACGGGUCACCAGCGCAAGCCUUGCAUGAGUUCAGAAAACUGUGACCAAGCCAGAAAUCAUCACAUAGAACUUAUUUUAGACAAAAUUACUAAUUAAAGUAAAUGUUUUCAAUAAUACAUGCAUUUUACAACACUGGUAACAGAAUAACUAUGUUUACUCCAUAACUUGAUUUUUCACUUGAUUCUCAAAUCACUGUGGCAACUAAAUCUGAUGUAUUUUGUAAACCAUUUUGUUCACUGUAAGAUACUUAUUUAUGACUUUUUGGUUUAUCUCUUUUUGUUGUAUAAUUUCAGCUGAAACCACCUUGGGUAAGAGCCCAGGGAACAAUUUUUAAAUGUGUUGUCAUAGUAAGUGAAUCAAACUAUAUUGGAAUUUAGUUAUUUUUUUGAAUUGUUCAUUUUUUUUCUUUAUAUCACAGUGUGUGUCAAACUGUUGUGCAUUCUCAUGUGGUCUUUCAAAAGAUAUUAUGUUGCCUGUUUGAAGAAAUCCAUCAUACAGAUUGUAGUAGUUAAGAUUGCACACGUUAUACAAUUUGUACAUCUAGUAUUUGGUGUUUAGCUUGUGUGUAACUAUCUUUUAGAUAACAAAUGAAUCACCAUUGCAGUAGUUGGAGGCCUGGCUGUGUUACCAAAGCAUGGUUACGCCAUAGAACCCAUUUGAAAAGAGGUACUGUAAUUGUACAUAAUAAGCAUCAUACAUGCAUAGGUUAUUCUGUCACUUACUCUCUGUCCUCUAAAUGUAUCACUCCUUAAACCCUACCAAUUCUUAAGAUGUAAAAAGAUCAACAAAUAAGAAUGGAAAGUUGUGUGGCCAACUUUUUUUUUGUCUGUCCUUCAAUACCUUGGUGUUUCCAGCUUUUUCACAGCUCUCAGCAGUCAUGAUGAAUGUGUAACAAAAGACACUUGUAUUUAAAGAUCCAUUUCCAGAUUACUUUUAGAGAGGUAUAGUGGACGCUAAAAACAAACAUGGCUCACUUGGCUGUUUUUUUUCUUUUGUAUGUUCAUUAUGAAUUAAUGUUUACAUUUUGGUGCAGGUCUAUAUGUGGAUUUUUUUGUUAAAUUAUUACUGAAUAAAUUAGUGACUGGGAGUUUCGGAAAUCAACUAGAAAAUCCUGAGAGGACUAAGAAUUGACAAUGAAGGGGGGACUUGUUUUGUACAUUUGAUAUGGAAGCUGUGCUGUUAAUAGAUACUGUGAAAACAGUGGUGGACUUUAAUACAGCUGUGUUACAGUGGGUUUUGUGGCCUUGUAAGGGUAGAUGGAUUCAGAUAAAAUGUGGUUGAAGUGGCAUAUGAAUCUGUUGUUGCCAGAUUUACAUCUCCAUAUGAUGUAUAAUUACAUUUUUAAAGUUAUUUUCCUCUCAUUUUAAUCCUUGAUUGGAAUUACUUUGUCCGAUAGAUUCAUUUUAGUUUUAACAUAUCUUUUUUUAGUGACUUUAACACUUGGGAUUGUUUUUCAGGGGGUCCAAAUCCUUGACAUCCUUGACGGAUUUGUUUUAGUUAAUGGAGUGUUAACUAAGGAAAUGUACAAGAGUUGAACUCAUAACAGAACCUUUUAUUGAAGGUUUGUGAUCGCGCAUAUUCAGGAUAAUGGUCAUGUUUUCUCAGUGUCAUGGAGCCAAAAUGUGUUUGUGGAAGUUAUUAUUAAUAUAUUAUUUUAAUUGCAAUUAAACAGGUUCAUACCAAAGGAUUUGGUGUGUUUAUUUUACCCCUAAAACUAUUUGCAAUUGUGAAAUGUUAUUUGAACAAGUUAUACUUUUUUUUUCAAAUGUGGAGAAGUGGUUUGCCUGCCAACAAAUGUAUUACAUUGGUGUUUUUCUGCCAUCCUCCAUCUUUUCCAAAUUUGUUUGUGAAGUUAAUGUGCUGCUCACAAACUGACUCCUUGUUCCCAAAUGUACCAACUGAUCUUUGUGAGAUGCAUACUCAGUCAGUAUCUGAUGCAGACAGGUGGGAUGUUUUCAGUUAUUUCCUUGUCUUAAAAGUGCUUGAAAUAAAUUAAUGACAAAUUACUGUAUCCACA